GGUUGCAGCGCGGAAGUUCAGUACAAGCAGGGUUAGUUAUGUAUAUGUAUACAGGCAGGAGCAUGAGCUGAGCUGAUGAUAUUAUUUCUUUAACCUCCAGUUUCACAGCAGCCAACAACAUGGUGAACAUCGGUCUCACCAAGGUGGACGAUGCGCUGGCGGCGAAACAUCCGGGUCUGGGGAACUACGCAGCCUGUCAGUCUCACGCCUUCAUGAAGGGGACGGGGACCUUCAUUCUUGGUGCUGGUGCUUUAUUUGCCAUUCAGACGGCUCUCCAGCGGAAGCUCCCUUAUCCUCUCCAGUGGAACCUCCUGAUUGCAACGGUGGGGUCAUCCAUAGGAAGUUAUGCAGUGACCCGCUGGGAAACACAGAAAUGCUCAGACCUUUGGAUGUUGCUGGAAACAGGACAAGUCCCGGACAGAUCGCCACCACAGGUGCCUCAACCAGAGGAGCCAAAAGGAACUGGAAAGACAAAAUAUGGGGACGUUAUGGAUUAAACAUAUAGUUUUAAACUUGUGUAUCUUCUGUAUAUAACUACACCUUAUCAGAAAAUCUACAAUGGUGGAGACAUUCAGAUAAGCUCAGUGCUGAGUGUGAGAUAGUGUAUGCUGUAUUUAACGCCAGGGUUGUUUUUAUUUUUUUGUUUUUCAUUUUGAACAUGAAUGAAGCUUCAUUUUUUUUUCCACUUUCCACUUUGAGUUUGUGGUGUUAUUUAAUUUCAUAACAGCAUUACUGUGAGGAUAAACAGCAGACUUUCCUGAAUCAGAGGUCAGGAAUUAGUUCAGGCUUUUUGGAGGAGUUCCAUGUUAAGCUUGAGAUCCAGUAUUUGGAUGUGUUAGUUUGACAUGCAACAGAUUUGGACCGGUGAAGCCAGCCACUAGUUGUCACUGCAGACCCUCAUGGGAUUUUCAGCCAUGGGGAUUGUACUCACUGGUGGCUUGAACAAACCAGUUUUCAAGUCUACGAUCUAAAUUACACAUUGAUCAUUUUAAUCAUGUAUGCCUCGGACUGAAGAGAGCAAACCAUGAUUCAUCCUUUUAAAUGAAUAAACAUUCUUGACUAUUUAAUAAAAAAAAGGCUCCAGGCAGCAGUGUAAUCCACGUGAAAUCAUUUACAGCUGCUGCUUUAAGCCACUGCAUGUUCAUUCAUCCGUCCUCAGUGCAGCGAUGCUGUAAUGAACACUGCCAUAUCUCAAAAUGACUAAAAAUUCAUCCGCUUUGGAUUUAUAUCAAUUUGUCGCCUCCGCCAAAAAUCAUAAAUUCCAUGAGGUUAGGUGCUAAUUUAUAAUGACAGCAUGAGCAGUUUGUUAGGAAGAUGAAAAGACGUGAAGGAGGGAAAUGUAGAAGGACUGGUGAGAAGUAAAAAGUGAAAGGGACAUGUUUGUAAUAAACUUUAGGUCUUCCUCAGUCCUGUUACAAGCUGCCUUCUAAUGAUUUUACUGAGACGUGUGUUUAAUUAAGGUGUAAACACAUUCACAAAUCCACUCUGUGUUUUGUUAUUCAAACAUGCAUAGUUAUAAAAGUGUAAAAUACAAUAAAAAAGAAUGGGGAAAAAA